UUUUCAGACAGCUGGUGUACGGCUAAGACAGGGGCUGUGUUGGAGACUGCCCCCUACCGACGGGCAAUGGAACGGCAGGAAAAGUAGGAAGCGCAACAUCACCUUAGUGCGGGGGAAGGCAACCCUGAUCCUGCAGUGCCAGUAUCCUGCAGGUCUUCUGUCCUACCUGAUGAGUUACUAUCUGCCUGAGAUCAGGUGUGGUUCCUCAGAGACCAGGUAGGAUGGGAAAACCUGCUGGAUACCAGCACUUCAGGAUCGGGUUGCCUACUCCUGGUUUACUGAUUUUGAAGAGCUGAACACUGGCUGCCCUGCUCCUGUACAGAUGAGGUGGGGCAAGCUGGAUGCUGUGCCUGAUGGAUGAGGAGACGGGCCAGGGGUCAGGGAGGUGGCUCCCUUUGCCGGGAGCCCUAAUUGUGAUGACGGAUCCCUUCCUGUUUCUCCUGAAUGCCACAGUGCUGCUUCUAACAAAGGAUGGAAAAACACGGCUCAAUCCCGGACGAGCAACCGCGAGAAUGUGCUGACAGGCGAGGAGGGCCCAUGGGCUGUGUGCGGGGGCUCGCCCAUGCCCUCAGGACCUCGGGGAGGGUGGGUGUGUCACACCCAAACUGGGCAGAAAGCCCAGUCGUCGUCCUGGGUCAUGAGAGCAGAGUGACGGCCGCCUCGGUCCGCUCUGGAGGGGAGGUCAACCCCUUUAUUUUGAGGGUGCACUCCCGCCUUCAUUCCUUCCUCUGAUGCUCCUUAAUCACAGAGCUUCCUGGCAGCAGAGCCCGAGGCCCCAGCGUUUGUAUCUGCACUAUAUCACAGCCGGGAGAGUGUUUUUCCACAGCGUUGAAGUGCUGAUGUCAGUUAUUCGCCAGCCAGCCGCUGUAUCCGUUUGUUCCCGACCGCUCGAUUGGCUUCAUGUGAAAAUAUUCACACCCUACGGCUAAAUAGUGCUUCUCCUUGUCUUUUUUACUUGUCUGGCAGCUGGCAUUAUGUCAUAAGUGAAUGAUUUACCCUGGAGAGGCCAAUCUGCGUGGAUUAUGCUGAAUAUGUCAUCUACACUCGCAAAGAUGUAAACGGGGGCCGGUUUGUCGUUUCUGAGGCACCCCUUCCGAUGUCAGGAAAUAUCAGAAGAGGGUAACUAGCUAGCUAGUUAGCAGAACAUGCAACUUCAGCAUCUAAGUAAGGAUGGUGUUCGUUUAAUAUAUUUAGUAUAAUGAGUUUUGGCCAAUAGGCCACACAAACAUGCGGUUUGAAUGGUUGCAAGUGAUGCCACUGAGUGUAGACGUGGUUAAAUCACGCAGUUGGACUUUCGGCCUCCGGCAAGGCUGCAAUGAUGUCCUUGGAACGAAUCACACGGAAAAUGAUGAGCCUGAAAGUCAGGCCUUAUCACAUGGGCCACAGGGGGUUAGCACAAGGCCGCUGCACCUCCUCCAGGAUGUCCUGUUAGUCCCGCAGGUCACGGGGGGAUCAGGGCUUGGCUGAAUUUGCCAGUGUGGGACAGCCAGCUGAGUCCAGAUUGUCUAGGAUACCGCGCUCAGACAGGUCUCUGCACGCUCAAGCCAGCAUUCCCAGCGUCCCGCCUCUCACUGGUCACCCAGGAUCUGCAGAAUCUCCAAGAUGGUGGACGACACCCACAACAUCACAUCCGACCAUGAUAACUACACGCACUGGUUCAUGUACGAAUGCACCCUGGACCUGGACUAUAGCUCCAGACGUGUGUUCCUCUUCCUGAUGCACCUGCUCUUCUUCAUGGUGGGUUUGGUGGAGAACUGCCUGGUUGUGUGGGUGAACUGGAAGCGCAGGAAGUCCUGCAGCCGCGUGCUGUUCUGCGUGCUCAACGUCAGCAUAUCCGACCUCAUGGUGGUGCUGGUCAUGCCCUUCUACAUGCUUGAGGUCACCAUAGACAAAGUGUGGCUGUGGGGCCACUUUCUCUGCAAGUUCACACAUCUCGUCUACGCGGUGAACUUCUACAGCAGCACCUUCUUUGUGGCUUGCAUGACACUCGAGCGCUACCUGUCAUUGUCCCAGCCGGAGUCCACCAGCUGGGGCCUUCCCGAGCGCCACCGCAGGGCACUGAUGUGUGGGGGCCUGUGGGCCCUCGCCUUUCUGCUGGCCCUCAUCGAGAACGUGCAUGUGGACCUGCUGGAGUUUGAGGAACCUGGCUGCUUCCUGUUCCCUGAUUACAGCUAUACCAUGUGGUUCAACACCCUGAGCUGCGUUGCCCUCCUCUUCCAGUUCGUGGGACCUGCAGUCAUCAUUAUCACAUGCAAUGUGCUGAUCGCUCGCACUGUAGGCACCGUGGCCAACGUGGAGGGCCGGCGCGAUGUGUGGCUGGUGCAUGUGUACUCGCUGGUGUUCGUGGUGUGCUGGCUGCCGUACCACCUCGUCGUGAUGCUCAUAAUGGUGGAUGACAUGGCUCCACACCUCUUCAGCUGCAACACGGUGGACAUCAUUUACUUCUCCUACAGCAUCACAGAAUGCCUGUCGUUAUUCCACUGCGUCGCCAACCCCAUCCUCUACAACUUCCUCAGCAAGGGCUUCCAGGAAAUGCUCAUCAACACGUUGCUGCAGCGCCUGUCCAGCAGGGCACCCAACGCUCAGGGCUGCACUGACGCCGACCGCACCAAGCGGCCGCCAAAAGAGGGCCGCCGGGGCAGCACCAGCAGCACCAGUCACUCAGAUGUGGGCCCUUAAAGAGCAAAGAUGGGGGAGACGGCCCACCGAGGCACAGACCGGAGUAGACACGACAUCAAUCACACCUCCCCCAUGUUCGUGCUCACUCUCUCACCUAGUCUUGGAAAAACGGACCCACCGCCAAUAGAGGGGAGGGCUGCUCCCCCAGCACACGAAACCGUCACACAGGACUGCAAAGGAAAGGACAGUGACAGCCACACCACAUACCCCAGUAUGAAGGCAGGCGUGUAUGAACCAGGCUGGGUAUCUCUGCUGAUAUGAAUGGCUGCUUAAUUUCUACCCUUGGAACUACUGGCGUUACACAUUCUUAGCAUUUUAUUUACGUGUAGCCAAGUGAAUCCUGCAAUCCAUGUAAGUCGAAUUAAAAAAACUUCCAGUCUU